UAGAAGUGAAGCCAAAGAAAAUAUUUCAGGAAGAAAUAGUUAGCAUUGAAUGCUUGAAAAAAGUGGUUCAUUUAGAACAUACACAUAACAAGACACAAUUUGAGAUGCGUGGACUUUUACGUGGAACUUUAUACUGUGCUCUAUGGUAUGGCAGUAUAGUGGCUGGUUUUUUAUUUAUCGCUUGCCCUCUGCUACCACUAUUAUUCUUUAGUCCUCCAAAGUUUCGAAAAUGUGGCGAUCUGUUACUUUCUUGUUGGGAGCUUUAUUCCACAGCUCUAUUAAAAGUAUUUGGCGUAAAAAUUUUUGUAUCAGGAGACCAUAUAUCUCCAGAUGAAUCUGCUAUUCUUGUAAUGAAUCAUAGGACGCGGAUAGAUUGGAAUUUUUUAUGGGCUGCAAUGUAUCAAGCAUGUUUGCCUAGCAUAGCAACUCAUAGAUUAAAAUUUGUUUUAAAGGACCCUAUACGACAUAUUCCAGGACCAGGAUGGAUAAUGCAAAUGAAUGGUUUCCUUUAUAUAACACGUCGUUGGGAAGAAGAUCAAAGUCGAUUAUCACGAACUUUGGAUUACUUAGUGGCACUUGACAGACGUUCCCAGUUACUUAUAUUUCCUGAGGGUACUGAUUUGACAAAAAGUAGUAAGGAAAAAUCUGACAAAUAUGCAAGACAACAUGUUCUACCACAAUAUUCUUUUAUUCUUCAUCCUAAGACAACAGGAUUUAGUUAUUUAGUUCGACAUCUUCAACAAGCAAGUUACCUAAAUGCUGUUUAUGAUUUAACAAUUGCAUAUCCUGAUUAUAUUCCACAGUCUGAAUUAGAUUUAAUCAAAGGAAAAUUACCAAAUGAGGUACACUUUCAUAUUAAACGAAUACCAUCAUCAGAUAUGCCAACAGAUGAUUUAACAUUAAGGCAGUGGUUAGAGGAAAGAUGGUUUAACAAAGAAGAAAUCUUAAAACAAUUUUAUGAAAAGAAAGCAUUUUCUGAUGAAACUUGGCCACUAACAAGACUGUGUCCUUUACAUAUUGCAUUUAGUUUCUGGAGCAUUUUAACAGGGUGUGCAAUACUUUUACUUAUUAUUUCACCAGUAUUCCAAUUAUGGGCACUGAUACAUUCAGCUUUUUUCAUAGCAUUAUCAUUUUUCACUACUGGUUUUAAUCAACUAGAAAUGGGGUGGUAUUGGCGUUGGAAAAUGCAUUUUCUUACAAAAAAUAUAGUAAAUAAGAUUCAAAACUGUUUAACGUAA